AGGAAAGGCCAAUGAAGUGGCAACGUGUCCAGUCCCGGCGAAAGCAACGAGGCAAACACACGUACUCGGACAUGUUCGAUUACUCCAGGCUUUCUACACACCCUCGUUCGCGUCUAUCGUCAGGUCAAGGCGGUGAGCUGGGAAGAUAUAACGCACCACCUUCAUCUUUACGUUCUUCCAAUCUAACCUGCGUCAGAUACUUCACUGCGUGAUGGACCCAGACUAUACACAUCACAUCCGCCCCAGAGCAAUCAGCAGUCCUCACCGUCAGAUUCCAUUUUCCCAACUUAGGUGCGCCAAAGUAGCUGAGCUACCAGGCUCCCCAUCACCAGCAUCCCGACUACGCUUCCCGCGACCUGAUGAUCUGACUUGCCCACAUGAAUAUACGAACCCUCGCCCUCUUCAAUGGAAACGCACAAAUCCUCACGCACUGGCAUGCGUCAAGGAACAGGAGCACUACAUACACGGCAGACAUGAAAACCCAACGGAGCAAUGGGUGAACGAUCAGAUUCACUUGGCAAGCCGGCCAAGCCAGGGACGCCGCUGGAUGAAGCCCACGGAGACGGAGGAGCUUCGGCAUAGAAUGCGGGAUGAAUUCAUGUACGAGCAUGAAGUGGAAGCGCAUAGUUGGAUGACGUACGAAGAAGAGAUGAGACGAAGAAUGCGGGAGCGCGAAGAGGAGAAGAACCGCCUGAUACAAAGCGAAGUCAGACGAAUUCAAGCCCGCGUUCGCCAGCGGAGGGACAGUGAAAGACAUAUCAUUGCUGAAGAGCGAAGGCGGGAAGCCGACAAGGCGAAGGAGAGGGUGAUGAGGGAACGAGCGAGGCUGGAACGAGCAACGAUAGACGCCUGGAACGUGUACGAGUUGCGAUGGGUAGCGCUGUCAGCUGCAUAUGACGGAAUCGUUCUAAAAUUCCGUGAUAUCCCAUGGCCACUACUUGUUCCCCCAUUGACUCCAGGUGAAAUCACUCCCGGGGGAAUCGAAGCAUUCAUUUUAUCCCCAGCCCAUUCCCCGGGGCAGUCCCAAAAGGAGAGGAUACGCGCUGCUCUCCUCCGCUGGCACCCAGAUCGAUUCUGUCGAGUGCUGGGGAGAGUGCGAGAAUCGGAGAGGAAUGCUGUUGAGGAAGGCGUAGGGAUUGUGGUUCGAUGCCUGAACGAUCUUCUAACGAAGGACAACAAGGCCUCCCAGGUGGCUAAACGAGAAUCGAUGUUAUAAGUGGUGUACGACGCUGGUGGAGUCGCAAAGGACUACUCCCAGACAUUGGUGCAUGUUGCAAUAUUUCCGUGGUUAUGAUUCCAGCCAUGCUGUAUACAAGAGCAAAAGACAUUUUUGUUGUAGCAGACUCCACCAUUAAUUUGGAGUUUUUUUGGGGCCAAGCUGAGGCCACCGAUGAG